AUGUCCGUCGCAACAUCACGAACCACCGUAGUUGCGACAGCGACCGUCGCCGCCGUGGCGACUGGUUUACUCGCGUACGCCGCCUACUUUGACUACCGCCGCCGUAACAGUGCCGAGUUCAGGAGGCAAUUACGUCGCAACCAGCGCCAGCAACAACGUGCCGAAAAGAGCCAGGCCGAGGCUGGUGCCGCCGCUCAGCGCCAAUCUAUCAAGGACGCCGUGGACGAGGCGAAGGAGGAGGGCUUCCCGGCUAGCGCCGAGGAGAAGGAGGCAUACUUCCUGGAGCAGGUCCAGGCGGGCGAGAUUCUGGGUGCCGAUCCUUCCAAGGGGCUUGAAGCCGCGCUCGCCUUCUACAAGGCUCUUAAGGUGUACCCUACCCCAGGUGACUUGAUCAACAUCUACGACAAGACCGUUUCCAAGCCCAUCUUGGACAUCCUUGCCGAGAUGAUCGCAUACGAUAAGAGCCUCCGAAUCGGCACCUCGUACACCGGCCCGUCCGGCGGCGGCGUUGACGUCGCGGAGCUGAUGCGCGAGAUGGGCGAGAUGGGCGCCGUGCCGGGCGUUGGUCUAGACUAG